UAACUGCAAUUAUAGCACAAAGAGUUGGGGGCUACUAAAUCAAACGGUUUGCUUACUAACAUUUGUACCUGCCUCUGCUAAAGCUGUAAGAUCAUUGUCGGAUUCUGGAGAAAAAAAAAUACUAAUAUAGUACUGAUAGCUCACAGUGAAAUCGCUAGGGUCCCGAAAUUAAAAGAUGACGUAAGUCUCGUGAUGUCAACAGGCAAUGUCAUCAUCCUCGUUUAAUUAUCAUUGUUAAAUGUGUGCAUAAAUAAGUGCAGAAACUCUAAAGCUCUUCAAAGGAAGAAAAUCAAAGAUCACUGAACAGUCUAUUUUCCAUGGCCGCCAACAAGCUAUUACUGACAGACAUAGCACCUACAGUUAAACAGGUGCCUACAAAUUACAUCAGACCAAUCUCCGACCGUCCAAAUCUCUCUGAUGUUCAGGUAUCAGAUGUUUCCAUUCCUGUGAUUGACCUCAAGGACCUCUAUGGUCCCAACCGCUCCGAUGUUCUUAAACAGAUUGCCCUAGCAUGCCAACUUGAUGGUUUCUUUCAGGUGAAGAACCAUGGGAUUUCAGAAUCUAUGUUCAAUAACAUGCUGAGUUUAGCUAGAGAAUUCUUUCAUUUACCGGAGACUGAGAGGUUGAAGAAUUACUCUGACGAUCCUUCCAAGGCUAACCGAUUGUCAACUAGUUUCAAUGUCAAGACGGAGAAGGUUACCAACUGGAGAGAUUUUCUGAGACUCCACUGCUACCCUCUCGAAGAUCACGUACACGAAUGGCCUUCAAAUCCCCCAUCCUUCAGGGAAGACGUGGCUGAGUAUUGCACUAGUGUUAGAGGUUUAGUGCUAAGACUACUUGAGGCCAUAUCAGAGAGCUUAGGCCUGAAGAGGGACCACAUAGAUAAGACAUUAAGCAAGCAUGGGCAACACAUGGCUUUAAACUACUAUCCUCCAUGUCCAGAGCCAGAACUUACAUAUGGGUUGCCUAGCCAUACCGAUUCUAGUUUAAUAACCAUUCUUCUUCAGGAUGAAGUACCAGGACUACAGGUUUUAAGGAAUGGCAAGUGGAUAGCCGUCAAUCCUAUACCCAACACCUUUGUUGUCAACCUCGGUGAUCAAAUGCAGGUAAUUAGCAAUGAUCGUUACAAAAGUGUGCUCCAUCGGGCUGUUGUGAACUGCAAUAAAGAACGGAUAUCCAUCCCUACCUUCUACUGUCCAUCACCUGAUGCUUUGAUAGGUCCGGCUAUGGAGCUGAUCGACGACGAGCACCCUGCAGUCUAUAGAAGUUUUACCUAUGGAGAGUAUUAUGAGAAAUUUUGGAAGGGGGGACUUUUUACAGAAUGCUGCCUGGACAUGUUCAAAACUUCAAUAAGUUAAUCUAAUGUCAAUAUUUCAUAUUUCACAUUAAAUUUCAGAUUCGAACGGGUUGUCUUUGUUGUUUUUGAACUUUCAAGAUAACAUUUGCUGAAGCGUCUUUAAUUAAAUUAGAUGCUGACACUCCAGCAUUUGGUAUACAUUAUACAAUAUCCAGAUCCAAUGAAUUAGCGACAGGUCAUGGUUAAAAUCUGUUUAGAUGUAGCUCCAUGACAAAAGCACCUUUGUUAGAGAAAAGUCAGGCAGCCACCCUGAACGUGCUC